GCAAAGAAAACCUUGAAUGUGAGAGAAAAAAGUCCUCUGAUGGAAUUCUCCAUCGUCCGAGUUGCUUUCUCUCAAGCCAAGUCUUACGUUUCUCGCCGUGCCGUCUCGAUCCGACCUCGGGUUUGCGAACCAACAGAGUUCGGUUACCGUCCGACAAAGGUUGGAUAAAUAGCAAGACGAGCGCUGCUUCGAUGGUUGCAUUCACCUCGCUCCCUUGUCCUUCUCAUCCAUCAUUCGUGCAUUAGACUGCUACCGAGAGACCGGUACUAUCAAACAACCAUGGCGGCCCGCGCAGAUCUCGAGUCCCACCGGGAGAAACACCCCGAAGACCUCGUCAACGAGGUUCCCGAGUCAUCAUCCUCGGACUCGGAGGACGACCUCAAGCCCCAUCCCCCAAUGUACUGGAAGAUCAUUGCCGUCAUUCUGAUCUCCUGCAUCAGCUUCGGUUCUUCGUGGAGUUCGGGUAUCACUGGCGCCCUGAAGUCGACGCUCAAGAAGGAGCUCGAUAUCAACAACAAACAGUUUUCCCUGCUUGAAGCCAGUGAAGAUUUCAUGGUUACUCUGCUCAUUCUCACGAGCGGUAUCGUGACGGACAGAAUCGGCGGUGCCGGUGCCAUGUUGUAUGGUAACAUCAUCUACUCCAUCGGUUCCAUCAUCGUCGCCGCCGCAGCUCAGACCCGCGACUUCAAGCUCAUGAUCGGCGGCCGAGUCAUUCUUGCCCUCGGUGACAUCGCAACCCAAGUCGCCCAGUACAAGGUCUUCAGCUCCUGGUUCUCGCCCAACAACGGUUUCGCGUCAACCCUCGGCCUGGAACUCGGCAUCAAGAAAAUCGGCGGUUUCGUCGGCAAGUCCUCAGCCAACAUCAUUGCAAAGAACACUGGCAACUUCGCAUGGGUCUUUUGGAUCGCCGUCUUCAUGAACGUCUUCACCAAUAUUCUCACUCUCGUGUUUUACCGCUUCAACACCAUCGCCCACAAGAAGUUUGGCAACGUCACGGACCCGGCCACUGGUGAAAAGCUCACUGAGAAGUCCAAGAAGUUUGAAGUCAGAAAGGUGCUUGAGCUUCCGUGGGUUUUCUGGGCCAUCUUGUCCUUCUCUCUUUUCCAGACCAGCACUGCGAUUGUGUUCUCGCAGAACGCCACCGAAUUGGCUGAGAAGAGAUUCAAGACCGACUCCAUCACCGCUGGUUGGUACUCAGCAACUCUGCAGUACGCUGGCUUCUUCUUGGUUCCCUGCAUUGGUGCCUUCAUCGAUCUCCUGGGCAACCGUAUCACCUUGUUGGCUAUUUGCGGUACCGGAGUCUUCCUGGCUAUGGCCCUUAUCAACUGGGCUACGGAUACCAAAGGAACUGCUGCAGCGUUUGGCAUCUACGCCGUUGCUUUCACUCUGGGCCCUACCACCAUUAUCGACAGUAUCCGUACCUCGAUGUGGCACUCAUCCGUCUUUGGCUCCGCUUACGCCGUCAAGAUUGCUACAAACAACGCGAUGAACAUUAUCGUUCGUGUCAUCACCGGAGCCAUCCAAGAUGCCGAUAACGACAGCUAUGACCACGUUGUCAUCGUCUACGCCGUUCUCGCCGCCGCUUCCGUCUUGGUCUCAAUCAUGUUGGGUGUCCUGUCGUGGUGGUCCAUCGAUCUGGGUAACCUCCAAUGGACUAGGAAGCAACGUAGGGCCAAUGGUGAGCUGUGGAAUGAGAGAAAGAGGGCUUUUUACGAGGACAACGGGGCACGCAACAAGCGGAUCUCUAUGAUUUGCUUCGGCUCUUUGGUCAUGUUGAUUCUGGGUGCUUGGUCGGCGUACUUCUGGGGUGUCGCAACUGGCAACAACUCUUGAAAAGUACACGUAUGAAAAUGGUGCUUUUGAGACGAGCAGAUGAGGCACUUGUCACCAUCCGAGAUACCCCCUGCACCGACGCAACAUAAGGAGGUAUCCAGACAGUAAUGUAGGA